AUGUCACUCACUUUCCCGCCAUCAAUCGAUCAUUUCGAUCAUCAAAAUCUCUCAAAUCCGUGUCCUUUAAAUGGCUAUAAAGUCAGCUAUUAUGAUAUUUAUCCGAAAUUCGAUUAUGGUUACAUCUACGAUUGUAAUUAUUUCUUCAAUUGGGAAGGAAUGCCGGUGGUAAAUUGGAGAACGAUGAAGAAUUAUGUCUCCACGAUCUAUAUCGUUCCCAUGUUGAUACUUGGAGUCAUCGGAGUCUCAGCAACUCUUAUCUCCGGUCUCUUCGUCAUUCGUACCGACAUUUUGGUCACCACAGCCAAAUAUUACCUUGUUGGCUACUCAACUAUGGCUUGCUACGUGAAUUUGCAAAACUUUUAUCGAGUUCACUGCAUGCUGAGCUUUGAUCCAAACAAUGCUGUCUAUAAUCAUACAUAUAAUAGCUUUCCCUGUUUGAAUACAAAUGGUUACCCCUAUUGUGGAUUUAUGUUGAACGAGGUUUUCACCUCGUUUUGGUUAUCUGCUGUCUACAGCAUGUAUUUGAUCAUCUUUAUCUUGCCAACUAACAGAUUCCUAUCCUACUUUGAAGAAGCUAAACACUACACCCGAUUUUGUCGCUUUCCCUUGCUACAAAUCGUUUUUAUCAUGCUCAUCCCAGCCGUUCCCAUUUUAGCGUUGAUUGGUCAUGACUCCCUCUACUAUCCAGAUCCGCUGAAACGCAUUCCACCACGAGACAAUAUCUAUGGAAUGUUUUGGAGCCCGCUUACUCAAAUGCCAUAUGGUGGAUACUAUCAGCGAUGGAACUUCUUGCAUGAUCUAGAUCCAUUGCUUUGGCUUUUCAUCGCUCCGCAUGUGCUCACUUUCUUCGCCGAGAUCUCUUUCAUGCACAAUGUGAAGAAAUUGGCAACUGUUUCCCCAAAGCAGUCCUACAUGGAGUCAAGACUGGCUAAACAGAUGUUCAUCACCCAUUUGGUGACUGUGAUUGGCUGGCUGAUCCAAUCGAUCUACGGGAUUUUCAUCAUCGAUUUGAGCUUAACGAACGCUUCAAUGACUUGGUUUAUUGUACAAAAUCUCAACCCGAUCUGCUUGGCAAUUGUUAACCCGAUCAUCAUCGCUUACUUCUAUCGACCGAAUCAGCAACUCGUAACCAACAACAAAAGAAUU